UCCCUUGUCCCAUUCUCUGCUUCCCGUGCCACUUCCUUUUACCGGGUAUACACCUACCUAGUGGAUGCCGAGGCGAAAGAGGUAUUCCCGGCACAGUCGCUUGAGCCUCUUUAGCCGUGGCCCGUACUAUGACAACUCGUGCGCUGCCUUGAUGACUUGAAAAACGCUGACGUACUGCCUUUGCGCGUAGGUUUCUUCUCAAGUACGCGAGUCGCGAUGAAGUAGACAUUCUAGGUACUGGUAGUGGUGGUAUCUCCGACAUACGUAAUGCCAUUGCAGAAUAUACAGAGCCUUCCCCACUGUAUGGGUUCCUGAGAUAUAGGCGGAGGAGUGUAAUUGUAAAAUAUAUGCCCGAGAGCUGUUCGAGGCUUGUACAAGCUCGCGCGGCCGUCCACUUUAAUGCAGUCUGCGACCAAUUCAGUCAUAAUACCACCUUCGAAAUCACCGAUGCUCACGACUUGAGGGAUAGCAAGCUUUCGGCAGCUUGUUCUCUUCAUGCUGCUUCGGGAUCCCAGUCCUCUUCGAAUAGUUCGUUGCGUCGGCGAAGGUUGAACGAGAUUGCGGAGGAAGAGGAAGAGGAAGAAAGAGAAAGAAAACGACAGUCGGUUGUAAAAGAAGAGGCUCGCCCGUCGUCGUCCAUAUACUCGGAGAGGCCCGUCUCUCCUACAACGGUGGAACCUCCGGUCGUCCUGGACCCCCUCCAAAUCGAGGACCCCUCAGCAACGACAUUUGCUUCAACCAAGAACGUUCCGGAUUUCACUGGAGCGCCAGCGCCAUUGUCGCCUACCAAGUCCGAGUUCAAUCGCCGCCUAUCUACACAGUCAGCUCGGCUGGAGGUAUAUAGCUCUGCUUCCUAUAUGCAAGGGAGGAAAGUCAAACUUGGCCCACGACCCUCUUUAGAUGCCCACAAGAGACCCUUGACUGCAGAAAAUUUCCGCCCCAUUGCCGCGCUUCCAGCGGGGUUCAAGUUCUUCAAAGCAUCGAAGAAGGGCAAGUCGCAGGAGCACAGCGAACAAGCAGAUUUUGCAACGCAGACAACUACACCAGUACCUGGGAUGCUGUCACUGUCUACUGAUGAUCAACUUCCCCCACGACCUGCCACCAGUUCCGGAGCCUCUAUUAAGUCAACGAACUCAAUGGCGCCCGCGCGGGAAAACAAGAUGACCCCUGAAAAGACUCGAUUAAUGAAGGCUAUGAAACUCCGGGAAAAGAAGAUGCAGGACGCCAAGGUAGAGCUAUUAAAUCUUAGCAAAAAGAGGCCCGCACAAAGUAGUGUUGGCGCAGCACCAAACACUGACUCCGAGAAGUCAGUUUCUACGAAGCCUGAAACACAUUCGUUGGAUACUGUUUUAGAUUCUCACCCUUCCUCACCCGGUGCUGCUUCAUCCACAGGCAUUGGUGAUUCCACGAAAGCAUCCUCGAUAUCCGACUCGACUGAUGAGACGAUUCAAGCCUCCCAGGAACCAGAAUUCUCAGACAUGCAGAAAAACAACUUUGCACACCAGGCUAUUACGUCACAAACUGAAACACCAGCGCACAAUGUCUCAAAUGGUCAAGUUAUAGCAGAUGCCGAGGAAUUUGUUGAAAUUCCAGGGAGCGGAAUAAACAUUUCACAAUCCACAGCAGCCAUGAUUAGGAGGUCGAUCGAACCUGAUGAAUUUGCUUCUACUGUUGACUUGAGAACAACCUCGGGUGACAGCCAACAUCCUGGUGGAUCGCAUGGAAGCGGAUUACCUUCUGGAGUCGACAAACCCAAAUCCACCACUCAGUCUGACGAACAGUCUGCAUUGUUUUCUAAGGAGCCUCAAUCUUUGGCAGCAUCAAUAUCACCAACAACUCCGAGCCUGAAAUCGAAGUUCUCUAGGAAAGACAUUGAUGUUCCUACAGAGCUUACUCCAUCGAUUCUCGACAAGACGGCCGCCGCUCCUUCUGUGGCUGACGACUCUUCGCCCAAACAAGACUUACCACUGAGAAAAAGGCCGGAGAUCUCAUUGGCUUCCCCACCAAACCCUAUCAGACCCAAGGCCUCAGUUGAACCGAUUAACACUGACCUGCCGGCCAAAAGGGCAUCUUCAACUGAACCUCCUGACCCAUUGGAUGAUGAUGCGUUGAUGGACGAGUUGCAGACUGCUACUGUGCAAGAAGCAAAGUCGAUGCUCGUCUCUAAAUCUCCAAUUACUCCAGUCUUCCCCAAUUCAAGUAGUCCAACGAGAAAGAACGCGCCUCUGCCGCGUGCCGCAUCUAACCCAAUGCGUGGCUCACUUCUCAUGCCCGUGGACAUAUCCCAGGGCAACGGUCCCAGAAGCGUUUCUUCAGGUGGUGCCGCAUAUUUGAAUAAUCUUACUCGUAAUCCAUCCAACGCAAGCAUACAGUCAAAGAAGGGCAAUGUGGGAUCAAGCAUCUCGCAGCGCAUCAAGGCCUUGGAGGCAUUGUCUGGUAACUCAAAUGAAGACCGACCCAGGCCGGUGACGCCGUCUUCGACUUUCUUUACCGUUCGGAAACAGAGCACAAGGGAGCCAUCGAAAUCGCCCUCGGUCAUGGAUCGUGCAAGUUCGCUCACACGCCAACCACCGACGCCAGAGCGUUCGCGAGAAACGACGCCGGAUGCGCCUAGCACGACCCGCGAGAGGUCAGGCUCAGUAGCCAGUAAACUAAACAUGUUUGAGGGACAGAACGCGCCCCGAGGACGUCCUGAAUCUAUCCAGGUCACCGCCCGUAUCAUAAGAGGGGCAGGGUCUCCAUUCGCCAACCUAGCCACUAGAAAGCCUAGUGAUGUCGCCCCUGCGGAACUGAGGCAAUCCACCUUGUUGGUAGACAUCCACAGGGCCCAGUCUGUUACUCCCCAACCUUUAUUGGAACGGAAUCCCAUUGCGGAGCGUCCAAAGACGAGCAUUUCAGAGCUAAACGAACCAAAGCCGAUACCUGAAGCUGCUGAUAAGCAGGCGAGGCGGCGGUCGUCAAUGAGUCUCAUGAAGAAUUUCAUCAAGGAGCACGCUCCGUUAGGCAACAAGUCGACUGAGCAGUUAACUACCACACCUCCCACAGUUACAACCCCUAAAUUCCCUAGUCCGCAAUCACCGAUAACCUCGCCUAGCUUUGCUCGACGCCUAUCAACCUCGAGCCGCCGAUCGUCCUUCACGCAAGAGGUAGACAAUGCAUUCAUGUCUAUGACGACGAGGUCUUCGUCUCGUGUCAGUGACAGCGGCUCAGCUGACGAUGACAAGUCGUUGAGUGAUAAGAAAAGCAAGAAUCGCACCUCGCGCUUCAUGCGGCGAUUGUCUAAUUCGUUUGGUGGAGCCCGCAAGAGCGGCAGCGCGGCCAUCUCACCAACGGUGAAGGAAGAGGAUGCGGACCAGCUCGAGAAGGCAUCUAUCAUCGCCAGCCAGCAAGUAGCGUCGCCGACGAUUGUUGCUUUCCUGGGCGAUGUCAACGUACAAUUCCCCGACAACCUCCUAUGGAAGCGUCGUAGCAUGUGUCUCGACGCGCAGGGCUUCAUCUUCCUUAGUACAGUGCAAGGCGGCGCCACCAAGGGCAAAGACAUUGCGGGAACGAAGCGUUUCCAUCUCGGCGACUUCCGCCGACCCUAUAUCCCUGACGUCGAAGUCCAAGAACUACCCAACAGCGUCGUGUUGGACUUUAUGGAAGGCUCUAGCCUUCAAAUUGCCUGUGGCGAUCGUGCAGGCCAGCAAAAUGUCUUGCGCACUCUUCAAGAGGCACACCAAGGUUAUGCGGCCUGAAGUUUGAGCGGACGUCGACUUCAUUCCUACGGCGCAGGCCACACCAUCAACCUUUAUCAUGACAGAUACCCCAACACGCCUUUUCCUCUCCUCAUUACAUGUCCUUCAUGGCGGUCAUACUGCAUUCUCAUUUGUAUAAUCCGAAUAUGCCAUGCACCUUACAACAUUUUUCUUUACACGGGGCGGAAGCAUGAAACUGGAACAAGCCCCCUAAAACUGGUGGAUUUGAUGGA